UAACAUGUUACAUGUAACCAUGAUAGGUACCCGACAUGUACAAAGAUUAAAAUUGACCUCCCUAUCGUGACUUUAUCACAAUUAUGAUAAAUCCGGAUAACAGAAGGUGGUAUAUGUGGGUAUAACAGUACACUCACCUUCCAGAAGAUAAUAGGGACAAACAUGAUGUAUUAUAGACAGCUAGUUGCCCUGGCAACUUUAAUAACGUUAGCUGUUUCUCAGACGCCACAUGGCAAAGAUUCCAGUAUCUGUUCAACUAUACCGCCGUCAUCUGUCACGCCGGUAGUUAAACGACCAAACAUAACUAACCAAUUCCAUACCAGGGUUGAGAUAGUGUUCAAAAAUAUGAAUAAAACGGAGCUCGUCCACGAGUAUUUUGAUGACGUCAACAAUCGUGGGUAUUUGAGUCAGACGGACGAAAGUUUUCGGCUGAAUGCUUGGUUUAAUUAUGGAACCAACGAAUUUAUAGGAUUUUAUCCUGACGCACCUGAUUCAAUGCCUGGUCGAUGUUUUGUACAAAGCAUGCAGAAUUCCGAACAAAGAUUUUUAUUUGGUUAUAAUAAAAACGCACCUGGUGGUGAAGGACAUAUCUUUAGUGCGGCGGGAGCUCUACAUUUCGGGGGACAAGGAAUAAAUGAGGUAUACAUGGGACGUACAGUUGUUCGAGACAUUCAGGUUGACUGGUGGAGGUCAUGCCAAUACUGGGAUCAUUUUGAUGCAACUAUGAUAGUAGACUGGUAUUUUACUGCACAAAACUCAUGGAACUCCGCUGUUGGGGUGCGGGUACCAGUCAUGGCGCACGUGAAAGGAAUAUCUUACAAAGUAACCAAGAGUCAUCCGGAAGGCAAACAUUUAUUCGAGCACUAUUAUAACUUCUUUGAUUUCCGGCCAUAUUUAAGCUCAGAUGAGAACAGUGUUUUUGAGACACCAGCCGGCGUGCAGUGUCCAGGGCGGAAGAUGGUGCGUCAAUUUCCUGUUGUCCCUAGCGACGCUUUCUCCUUCACAACGGAAAUACUCGACACUGUAAAUCUUAGGCUUUCUUUUAUGAAGGAGACAUUUUUCUACUCACAGAAGCUUGUAAUGUAUGAAUAUAUUCCCCAGACAGGUGAUAGCUCACCAUACGGUCUAAACGAUCUCAUAGAAAUACACGACUUUCAUACAGGAGUUGCUUACGUCACAGACCGGGCACGUGGUAACUGUAGUUACCGCCCUAUCGAAGGUUCAGACUUUGACGACCGGUCUAGCGGUCCAAACACAGUUAGGAUACGUAAUUCUAGAGAGUUUUUCUAUUUCGACGUGAAAAGUGCCUCAUACGAAGGAGUGAAAAACAACCGCGGAGUAGAUUGUGACACAUGGGUUGCACAGAGAACAGAUUAUCCAUUUACAUACCCGACCAACUCCACGUGGGAAUGGUACUUCGCAACGACACAAUGGACGGAAGUGAAUGCUGGGCCAGAAUCUGGAAACAUACCUAUACAGAUGAGGAUCUCGUUUCCACUUAGUGGGCAAUAUUAUCAAUAUAAUCUCUAUAACUUUAAGAAAACUAAACCAGAUUUACUCAAAUUUGACAUCAGUGGCUGUUAUCAGUUUGGACAACGACGAAAGUUCCAGUUCUCAUUGACAGUGACAGACGUCGUGAAGGCGAAGAUCAGUACCAGUAUGGAACAGUUCAAGUAUUAUAUUCUUCAAGCUAUCAUGUCGGCAACAGGACUCACUCCAAUUCGUGUAGCAAAUCUACAGGUUUUUGUAGCAGGUGAUAUCGUGGUAACUUUUGAAUUAUUAGACGUUGCUCCGAGCAUAGGUGAUGUGAAAAAAGCGACGAGCUAUAAAGAGGUUCCUCUUGAAUUUGCUGCCAACACCCUGGCUAGUACAAUACAAAGUAACCAAUUCAUCGUGACACUAGGUGGCGCUGCUUUUACAAACGUAAAGCCACUGAUAGCUAAGUCUAACAGUAUUAUAGAGAUCACAUAUACGAAUGUGACAACCACGGUACAGAAUCAAAAACAAGCAGGCUACGGUGCCGGACCUAUGGCGGGAGUUGGAAUAUCAAUGCCUAUUCUUGGAGCUGGCAUGGGCAUCGUGUUCGCAUACUUUUUCUUUAAAUAAUUCAUAUUUCACGAGAAUAGCAUGAAGUCGUGCAGGGAACAUUAAUUAGUUGAAUUUGCUUUAAAAUUUUGUUAAAUACUGUUAAAAAUAUAUAAUAUAAUUUAUGCUCGAACACCGCGUUGUAUAGAAUACGAAGAAUAAAGAACAGAAUUUGACGUCAUGUGUUGUGAAAAGAAAACAAGAAUUGCUCUCAUACAAACGUUAAAGGUGUUC